AUGGAAAAUAGAAAUAAUGUCACCUUCUUUAUUCUCCUGGGACUUUCUCAAAACAAGAACAUUGAAAUAUUCUGCUUUGUGUUAUUUCUAUUUUGUUACCUAGCAAUUUGGGUGGGAAAUGUGCUCAUCAUGAUUUCGAUCACAUGCACUCAGCUAAUUGACCAACCCAUGUAUUUCUUUCUCAAUUACCUCUCCUUCUCUGAUCUCUGCUACACCUCCACCGUGACACCCAAACUAAUGACUGAUUUACUAGCAGAAAGAAAGACUAUUUCCUAUAACAACUGCAUGGUGCAGCUUUUUAUCCUCCACUUUCUUGGAGCCAUUGAGAUCUUCAUUCUUACAGCGAUGGCCUAUGACCGCUAUGUGGCCAUCUGUAAACCCCUGCACUACACGGUCAUCAUGAACAGGCAGAGGUGUCACAUGAUCAUCCUCACCUGUUGUGCUGGAGGAUUCCUGCACUCAGCCAGUCAGUUUCUUCUCACCAUCUUCCUACCCUUCUGCGGCCCCAAUGAGAUGGAUCACUUCUUCUGUGAUGUGUACCCUUUGCUGAAGUUGGCUUGCAUUGAUACCCAAAGAAUUGGUCUGUUGGUUAUUGUUAAUUCGGGACUAAUUGCAUUAGUGGUGUUUGUGAUUCUGAUGAUGUCUUAUUUUCUGAUAUUUUAUACUAUCAGGGUUUACCCUGCAGGGAGCCGUUCCAAAGCUCUUUCUACUUGCAGCUCUCACAUAACAGUUAUGAUUGUGUUCUUUGUGCCUGUCCUCUUCGUUUAUAUUAGACCAAAUGUCACCUUUCCAGAGGACAAAGUGUUUGCUCUUUUCUACACCAUCAUUGCUCCCAUGUUCAACCCCCUGAUCUACACACUGAGGAAUGUGGAUAUGAAGAAUUCCAUAAGAAAAAUUUGGAUUCACCAAAUGGUUUUUGGAAAAAUACUUCGAUCUAUGAAAGACAUUUCCGAAUUCAGUUUCAGGGCUCAGAUUUGA